AUGACGACGAUCUCGACCAAGAGUCCGCAGGCGAUGGAGGCGAUGGAGAAGCUGCAGAUUUUCGAGAGCACUUUCUGGAAAUGUCCCUGCUGCUCGGUGCUGUCCACGAGGUGCGCGGCCUUGCCGAAGAACGAGUGCACUCCCGUGGCGAUGACCACCGCUUCGAUUUCUCCCUGCUUGCACGUGGACCCCGAGUGCACUUCGUCUCCCGGGCCUUUGGUCGCUGGCAGAGACUCUCCUGUCAGUGCAGAUUGGUCGAUUUUCACUGCGUCUUCCUUCACUGUCACUCUCUCUCGUUCUCUCUUCUCACGUUCGCGUACUCGUUGCCAUGGUAGAGUUGCCAUGGUAGAGUUCGUGAGAGCUCGAGUUCUCCGGACGUCCAAAGGACUCUGA